AUGGCGGAUUCAAAAGAUGAUUUGCAAAGUGCAAUUAAUAUUCUUUAUAUUUCUUUUAUGAACUUAGUUACAAGCCCAUUAAAUUUAGGUUUAGUGGGAAUAAUUAUUUUCUUAGUAUAUAAAAUAUAUAAAAGUAGAAAUCAGUCGAUUGAACCACAACCCGAAGAAAUAAAGCUUCCUAAAUUAAAAAAAGACUUUACUGUUGAAGAAUUAAGAAAAUAUGAUGGAACUCAACCGGAUGGAAGAAUAUUGGUUGCUGUUAAUGGAAAUGUAUUUGAUGUAACAAGAAAAGGAAAAUGUUUUUACGGACCCGGUGGCCCUUAUUCUGCUUUUGGAGGUAGAGAUGCUUCUAGAGGAUUAGCAAAAUUUACAGUCGAUAUAACAGAUAAUGAUUAUGAUGAUUUGUCGGAUCUCAAUGCGAUGGAGAUGGAGUCUGUACGUGAAUGGGAAAUGCAGUUUAAAGAAAAAUACGAAUAUGUCGGCAGACUCUUAAGGCCUGGUGAAGAACCUACAAAUUAUUCAGAAGAAGAAGAAGAUGUUAAUAAUAGUGGUGAAAGUGAAAAAGAAAAAGAAAAAGAAAAACCCAAAUUUGAAUAA